AUUACCUUCUUCAUCAUCAGACCGAUCAGAGACUACUUGUGAAAUACGCCAUUCCAUUCCAGUUGAAACAAAAUCCAAUAGCGAAAACACACAGGAAUGUCGCACUUCACCUGCCUGAACUGCGAUGCCCGCUUCGCCAGCGCGGAUGUGCAGCGGGAUCACUACAAGACCGACUGGCACCGCUACAACCUGAAGCGCAGGGUGGCCCAGCUGCCCCCGGUUACCGCCGAGGAGUUCCAGCAGCGCGUGCUGAGCGCCCGCAGUGCCACGGACGCCGCCCUCGAGGAGCAGAACCUGAGUGUCUACUGCCACGCCUGCAGGCGGCAGUUCGGUAGCCAGAAGGCCCACGACAAUCACCUGAACAGCCGGAAGCACAAGGAGUUGCUGGCUCGCUACGAGCGGGAUCAGAUGGCCGCCAGUGGCGGCAGCGCCAGCACCACCACCUCCGUCUGCACACGCAGCGUCGUCGAGCCACGCCCCCAUCCCGCCCUGGUCGCCGCUGCCGCUGGCAAGGGUCGACUGGCUUUCGCAGAGCGUGUGGCCAAGGCGGAUGCGGAUGAGGACGAGGAGAUGGAAGACGUUGACGACGACGAAUUUGAGGAUAUCGAGGAGGAGGAGGUGGACUCCGAUGAGUGGGACAAGAUACCCGAGAAUCCGCUGACAGAGCGCGACUGCCUGUUCUGCACACACGCCAGCGAGGAUCUCGUCGAGAACCUGAAGCACAUGUCCGUGGCCCACUCGUUCUUCAUCCCGGACACCGAGUACUGCACCGAUCUCGAGGGCCUGCUCUACUACCUGGGCGAGAAGGUGGCCAACUACUUCAUCUGCCUGUUCUGCAAUGAUCGCGGCAAGACCUUCUACUCCUUGGACGCGGUGCGCAAGCACAUGGUCGACAAGGGCCACUGCCAGAUGCUGCACGAGGGCGUGGCCCUGGCCGAAUACGCGGAGUACUACGACUACAGCAGCAGUUACCCGGACAAUAAAGAAGGCAUGGAUAUUGACGACGAGGUGGUACCGGAACUGCUCGACGGCGAUGAGUACCAGUUGGUGCUGCCCUCCGGCGCAGUCAUUGGCCAUCGAUCCCUGCUCCGCUACUACCGGCAGCAUCUCCGGCCGGAACGUGCCGUGGUUAUCCAGAAGUCCGACCGCAAGCUGCAUCGCGUACUCAGCGAAUACCGGGCUCUGGGAUGGACGCAUACCCAGCAGCUGUCCGCCGCUCGCAAGGCUCGGGACAUCCAUCUGAUGAAGCGCGUCCAGUCCAAGUGGCAGAUGAAGCUGGGCUGCAAGGCCAACAAGCUGCAGAAGCACUAUCGUGCCCAAGUUCUGAUGUAGACAUCAAGCUAAACGCCCCCGUGUACAAUAAAAACAAUUUGAGUUUUGCUUAAAUUAAGCAUA